AUGGACAAUGGUAUUCAGACUCUCUCUGGGAGCGACACAAAGGUCGGUUAGUCAUGCUAGACUGCUAAAUUCAGAAACCUCUAAAUACGAUCCUGACGAUCGUUGAUCACACCCGAAGAACUGUCGUGCAUCUCAAAACUAUUCAAAUGCAAAGUGGCCGAUAGUUUUACUCAGCUGGGUUCCAGUAGAACAUACAUAGCAUACAUAAACAGAUUUUAAGUUCUAUUUUAAACGGUUUACGACACUGCUGAAGCCGUCUGGUUUUCAACAGUAACACAGUUUCACAACGGUCUCAACUGAGGAAUAAUCAUUCAACAAUGGGGAACGCGAACUAAUUAGCUCAGCGACACUAACCCAAAAUAGUGUAGUGUUUUCAACUAACAAGAAUGACUGAAGCCGAAAAGUAGUUCAUCAGUAAGGUGAAUUAAACUAGUCAAUAGCCCUGUUUGUUUUUUCCUGAUUUGCCCUUAGGCGAUAAAUCUAGUUUAUUGUUAAAUUCGAUGGUAAAUCAGAGGAAAUAAGCUUUGCGGCUGCUGACUUUCGUCAAAGUCGAGAGAAGCCCGUCAAAGAGCUUCAACAUUUUCAGAACACUGCAAAAAGUGUCGAGAAACGAUGUUGAGACAAUUCUUAAAGGAGUAUAAGCUUUUCUCAAUAGCAGUAGUCCAGCUAGCUAACAGCGAAGUCGGUGGAAGGCUCCAGUUGAUCGAGAACGUAUCCCCUCCUUCCUUCGCUACCCUGCACUAAACGCCUCGGCUUUCUCUGCGCCUCUAGCUCUCCCUUGGGGGCCGACCAUUGGACUUUUGAGGGGGGGGGAGUGGUGGGUGAGUUGGUUUGGGUAAGAAUUUUUUUUCUCAAACCUCUGGUAUUUUUUUCAGUGUAGGAUAUUUUUAUGCCAGGUAUUUCCUUGCAAGAAUGUUUUUCGAAAUCAGUCUGCAGGAUAUUUUUUUCUGAAAUCACCCACACACCCCUCCCUCAAGUCGAAUCAGGAGUCGAUUACUUAAUCGGCUCCUGGUCAAAUGGAAUAUUUCUUGGCAAGAUUUCAGGAUACAAACAGAUGUUUUAUCUUGCAGAUACUCCUCAUAUAGUAGAUAAAAUCCGAUCGAGCCCUGGUUUGCGUAUUAGGCUUGCAUUUCUUGCAUGUUUAAGUCAGAAGUUCAACUAUUUCGUCUUUGAAUGGCCGUGAAAGCCAUUUUUACUUCACUUUUGCUCAAGCAGCUUCGUUUCCAAUCAAAGACAUGUAUACCAUAUCAGCCUCGUUUCCAAUCAAACAUACCAUCAAAUCGAUGGUAUGUUGCUUGUAUCUCCCAAAUAUGGUAAGCGCUCGCUGUUUAAUAGGAAUUAGCCGGCAAAAUAUUUUGAAUGAAUACUACAACUCAAGUAUUACUGUAUAUCAGUAGACGAGAAAAUAAGCCUUCUGGGAUUAGCAGGUUUCCAGUACAGUUGACAGUCAUGUCAGGUCAGUUUGUCCGACAAGGAACUGCGCACUAGUAGGCGGUUUUUCCCGCCACCCCGCCAAUCACGUGGUGCAGUUCAAGACAAGCACAUAAAAUAAAAAAAAAUUUUGCAUGCGAAUCUUUCAAAAAGUUAAUGAGUAAUGAUUUUGAUAUCUAAACAUUUUCAGAGGUCUGCUGACAGAAGUAUUGUUAAAAGGUACUGAGAGCGUGCCUGAAAUCAGGGACGAUGCGAAUUCUUACCUCUUUUGUAGUUUUCCUUUCCAAUAACAUGGCGAAGGUUUCAUGUCAUGGGUCAUGCAUGUGGCGCUUUUUGGCCAUUAAACACAUGGCUGUGAAAAAAUAUACGUUAGAAAAUCGAGUUCACUGAGACAAACUAACAUUAUUUUAUCUUUUUACAUGAAGAUGUUCAAAAGUCGCAGUGUUAAAUACGGUUUAAUGCACCUACAAGCCAGAAGCUAGAGUUUUACAAAUUUUAAAAGAGCUCGCUGUAGAUGUGUUUUUGACCUGGUUGUCGGAUGAUAAUUCGUGCCUUUGUAGUACAUGAUGAUUCAUAUAUCUAGAAUUUUAUUGAACAUAUUAUAAAACUGAGUCAACCCGCACUGGGCGAGCAAUAUAAUGAUUGAACAAACUGUAUAAUAUUACAUUCCUCUCAUUCCACAACAAAAGGAUACCCGCUGUGUAGAAAAUUGUUCCAUAACCUUUUGACAGUAAGCUCUGUUGUUUGCAGCAAUAAGGUCUUUCACGAGCGGCUCAGUUUUAAGUACAGUAAGAGCUCUUUGGAAGCUUUUAAAAAUAGCCAGUGGUUUAAAGAACUCCCUCGGGUAAUUUAAAUUCACCUAAGCAUCGCCCUUCGGGCCACCGGAGCGUGUUAGCAUUCGGCCGCACUUUGCUUGUCACAGCUUGUCAAUAAGUCAUCCUUUCGAUCGUCCUCGUAAGUUUACCGUAUGUCGGAGAAAACCAACUCCAUUGGCAAAAUAGAGACAUCGUAAAGUCCUCAUACAACUUGGGUAUGUAGCAUUUAUUUACUUAAGUUAUAAUUUCUGUCAAUAUUAACUUGGAUUUUUCUUCUUUUAAGUUGCGUUGGAUAAACCGAGAUGCCAAUGUUGACACGGUUUCAUCGCAGUACGAGAUAUUUUGGAAACGCACCAUAAAACACAUUAGUCCAAUUUGAAAUCCAUAAUGCAACUUACUUUGUCCUUACUUCUGUCAACAGCAAUUUUGGACCUGCUCUAGUUUAGCGGCGGAAAUUUCGAUACAUGAGCUCCGAGAUCCGCUCAAUUAUUUUUCUGUGUGGACAAUAUUGUGUUCAGAGCGGUUCGAGUCCGUUAUCGAAGAUAUUUAGUAUCGAACAACAUUUCUUUAUUAUUUUGCUGAGAUCUCGUUUUUGUGAAUAAAUCAUUGCAAUGAACGCAUGUACAACAAAAUGAACUUUAAAACGAUUAACAAGUGUUUGACUUAGAAUUAUUUAUAAAUCGUUUUUGUUUUAGUGGCGAGUGUUUCAGUUGUAUUUUUCACGUUAUUUCAAUUCAGAAACGCUCUUAACUUAAGCACUUGCAAUUUUUUUCUCUCGACUGUAAUUUUAUAUUUAGUUCAUUGUUGCAAAGUGAUGUUCAAUCUUGGCUUCUUAAUGAAAGAUGCAAAUAACACGAGUAAACAAUGAAAUGAACAACUACAGUUAACUGAAAGAAAUCGAAUCGGCUUCCGACGCCUGUCAACAACUUGAAACUGAUCUUAUAAACGCUUUAUGUCCACUUUUCGCUUAAAAUGAAGUCCAAUACAGUCACACUCGUUCGUUUGUCGCUGUACUUUGAUAACAUUGCGUUUGUCACUUUGGAUUGUUUCUAUCUAAUGUUUUUAAAGGUGCAGUAGCUUGAGGGCCCUGCGGUUUUUAAAAUAUUAAAGCUACCAAGGGAAAUCGAUUGCUAUUUUGUUAACUUUUCCCCCUCCAUUUUCCAACCGCCAAAGAAGUUGGCUUGGCAUACUGUCAGUGAUCAUCAAUAGGCUUGUUUAUUUUUGUCCCAUUUUCCAUGUAAACAAUGCUUUUCACUGAAACUGAAGUAACCGACAUAUUAGUUAGUUAUAGAUGAGUUAAAGCAAGAGCAAAUGUGUUCAUUUUCAUCAGGGGUAUACAAGCGAGUUAGUGCUUAAGUAGCUGACUAUCAGAGCUAUAUACCGACCCUUGGAACAUUCAUAGUCAUUCCCUGGUCACGUAAAUCCUUCCACCUUCCGAUAUCAUCGACUUUCAUCAGUUCCGUAGUGACCCGUGUAAAAAUCUACCAGCAUAAUCUGAUCGAACUGUGCGGUCUCAGUUCGAUUUUUUUUAGCAUCAAUCAGUCGACUGUUAUGUUAAAACGGAUCAAAUUUGGAAAGAGGGCAAAGAAUCAAAGUUAUCGGGUUAAGUUCCAGCUACUUUCUUCAGUACGUCACUCAAGGUGUUAACUUGUGUAGGUGUAAGUUCAAGGACUCAACAUCCGCCGCCUCCGCAUUUGAUCAUGAUGACAGGAUUAGCUAUUUUUGAAAUGGAGAAAGGGGUCUGUUUUGAAACUGAAGUGCGGUGAUCUGUGAAAGACAAAAAAAUUGUUUUUAUCAUCUGGGGUUGAAAAUUAAAGGACGAUUAAUAACACCCCCCACCUUCCUCCGAAAGCCCUGGGGACGAGGCUGCUCCCCCCCCCCCCCCCCCUACUCCAUGGACCAUCCCAUCCCUUCCCUCGGUGGCUCCGUGGUGAGAAGUUUGUGGGUUUGUUUUUUCGUUUGUUUGUCUUUCCCGCUCGAAAAGAUUAAUAUCCAUGUUACUCAUUUUACUAUCGAAAAUAGGGAAUAUUUUCGAGGACCCUGGAAAUUUUUGCAUGAUGCGUGAAUAUUGUCCUGUGAGGUUUCGUUUAUGAUGUCCAGAAACAAACAAACAAUUAAACAAGGAAAGACACAAACCGUGUAAAAGCUUCAACGCAGUUCUCUGUUAUAGUUUCAGUAUUUAGAUUAUAUGCCCUCUUCUGAUUUUAUUUAUUUGUUUGUUUAUUUUUGCUACCCAGGCAAAUCCUUCCCGAAAGUUUGCAUCAAUUCGCUUUGUGAAAGAAAAGAGAUCAAAGGCAGAAAAACGUGAUGCAUCUUCCGGAAGGUCCUCUGAUGAGGAGCUCUCAAGUGUUGAGUUAGAAGGGCCCCCUUGUAGCUUGUCGAAAAAGAGGUCUUCGUCUUGGAGACUGGCCGCCAUGUUUACCAAAUCACAGAGUAAUCCCAAACCAGAUAGAGGUAUAUUUCCUGUAUACUUGAUUCAGUUGACAUUUACACUAGGGAAACACUGGGGUAAGGACUUUACAGUUAAACUUAAGGUACACUAGCUUAUUGUCAUAGAAUGGAAUCUGAUGAGAUCAGAUGGUGCGCGGCAAAGACAGGUCCAUCUUGCGUAACUGACUUCCUGGCCCAUAUUUGUCGUGUAGCCAAUCAGAACAUAGGUUACGUUUCAUCUUGCCCACUGGCAGAGACAGCCACCAAAGAAAGAGGCAACUAAAAGACGUCUGAGUUUUACAGAGAAAUACUUUUUACUGACCUCUCUGAUAUCCCUUCUCAGUACGGCCAAGUUAAUUAAUUUUCUAUUAUUCUAUUACUCUAUUUUUUGCUAAGGAAAAUUAACUAAAAUCUAACCAACAUGUGGUGAUUAUAAGACUAUGGCGACUGACAUUGGACGAUGUUUUGUUGAUUGUGGUCAUGCCGUAAAAGACACUUUGUUCUUUUCUGUCCUUUUCAGCGCCUACAAAACAGUCGGUUUUUCCUAACAAUGGAAACAUUUUAAAAAAGAAAGCCCGAAGCACCAUUCUAUCAGUAUUGUCCAAGCGUCAGACGCAAGAAAAGUUCUUUCUUGAGGAAAAGGCUGAUGAUUAUCAAAACAGCUCUGUUAAUUCUUCAGAGCUUACCUCGCAAAAAACAAAGUGGCCUUCCGAGGCAAUGGUGGUCGAUCUAGCGACGACAAAACCAGCUGCACAGAGGCCAACUUCUUUUGCAGUUAAAAGCCAGAGUUAUCAUCAGUUUGCACCUCCAAAUCAGAGUUGGGCUUCCUUGGGGUCGGAUGACAGGCCCUCUGAAGUAAGUGAAGUAAAAGCAAGUGAACAGGGCAAUUUCUCAUCGCGCAAUGCUGAAACGACUUAUGUUGGCCAAACUGGACUGGACGCUGUAGAUGGCAGCAGAAAUGUUGCCAAAAUAAGCUCAAGGUGGCCUCCUCAGCAGAAAUAUGAGUCGCUGGGGUGGCGACGAGGUUCCGCCCCAAAACACUUGUCAUGUCCACCAGAAAUAGAGACUGCCGUUAAAGUUUCGGACACCAAGGUGGUGUCUAUGUCACCAUCGUACACUAGUGUUAAAGACAUUACACCAGACUCUCCUAGGAGUCCAAAAUUCGAGACGGACUCAGUAAGAGUGUCAAUUCCUUUCCAAGUUCAAGGUCACCAGUCUCAGCCCGCUAAGCUUAACCAAGGCACUUACGCUUGGUCUUCUUCUGUAUCGAUAUGCGUCCCGUUUCAAGUGAAUGAGAACAAUGAAGGUGUAUCUCUUCUACCACCAUCUGGGCCUUCCCUUCCGGUGGAGAGUAGUCCGGCGGCAGCGAAUUCAUUAGUGGUCCCAGACGGACGUCUUGAUGAAAGAGAUGGAGUUGUGGUUACAAAACCUCGUGCCCAUUCCUCCCCACAAUCUGGCAGACGAAAGCAACCCAAAGGUAGGUGUACAUGUACCAUCACCGCGGUUAUCUAAGCCUCCCACGCAGACGUUCUUAGGGGUUCGUCACGCGUUCUCUAAGAACGUCUGUGUGGUAGGCUACGGUUAUCUAAGAAACUGUGAUGGAACAAAUAUAAUAGCGAGCGAAACAAGGCGCACACGAAGCCCACGGGGGUAGGAAUAAAUAGUGGGCUCUCAAACCCCGUUGUUCUCAGCAAUGGCGCGUUCAUUAAGUAAAAUUUCGACAAACUGAAAAUAACAAUAGCUGAUUCUCUUGCUAUAGAGUCAAGAGGUAUUUUGAAAAAAGAAAAUAAAUUCCAAAAAAGUUAAUGAUUGAAGAAGGUAAAACAAAGAACGUGACACGGGGAACACCAGAUUCUAAUUAUCAAAAAUUCUUUGCAUCGAAUUUUUCCUCAAAUGUUAUCUAAUUAUAGAAAUGUAUUUUGCGAGGUUGAUAAAUGUAAAAGGCUCCGAUUAAAAAAAAUUGGCAGUAGUCACGAACUUGUCAGAGGUGCUAAAAGAGGAACUAAAAAAAGCCUCGAAUAUUUUCUUCAUCGCGAAACAAGAAACGCCCAGCGGGCGAAACCAAGUGCUUGCCCGACUCCCCAAAAGCGCUGCAUCCGGGAACCCUUUAACUGGAGCGAGCAACUCCCGUACUAGUACCCUGGGUACCAGAGGUUUUUGUCGCGUGCGGCGGGAACUUUCGUUGUUGGCCGAAGGCCGACACAUCUUCGGCCGCAGGCCGAAGGCGCGAGAAAAAAACCGGAAAACCGCGCUAGAAAAGUCUCUGGCACCCAGGGUACCAUACUAGCCAAUGCGUUGGCGUUUGUAAAGACCAGUCUAGUUUUAGACACAUUCUUGAGUACUUUUUCCCGCGCAAGUGGAUCCUCCCUUCUCAAUGUGGACAUCAUCUAACCGUCCAACUUUCCGGUCUGUACCUUUUACUAUCUGGUUUGUGAAACCUUUUUAAUACGUGAUGGUCUAGAAUCAUGGACAAAAAAAACCUCAUCAUUAUUAGUGCUUCAGUUUAUGGACGUUCUCUUUACUUUCCAAUACAACAAUCAUUUGUUUGCCCUCGUGGAUCCUCCCUCCCUCCCCCCCCCGCCUUUUUUUUCAAUGUUGAGAGAUCAAAGAACGAAUGCUCCUUUCACUGUUGUCUUCUUAUGUGCAACACUGACACAGCCGCGGGUUUGGGAGAGAAUAUUAUGAAAGGUGAAUAUUUGCCUUUCCAACACAUUUGACAAUGAUUGACAAUUUGACAAUUGAUUUUUGCUAAGAUUGGUCUAAAAAUAAACUGGUCUGUGCUACGUUAUCGUAAACGCGCGCAAUCGACGGCGGUUUUGCGGCUUAUAAUGCAAAGAACGCAUAGGCAGCAUUUUUAGAGGAACCUGCCUUUUUUGGCCAGUGACAGGCCAAAAGAGGCAGCUUCCUCCAAAAAUGGUUUGAUCACAUAAUUUACACAUCAUCGCUAGUGGACAUUUUCUUAUCCAAGUGACACGGCAUUCACCCCCAAAACGUACCGUAUACUCCCAGUUUAGGUUAGAGGGUACAAAAUGGAUUGAAACAGUUUUUCAGCGCAUCCUGCUAUAUAGUGCGACUGAAUUCGCUCAUUUUGGCAUUUGUAAUGGUAAAUUAAAGGUGGUAGGCAUAAAAGAUGAAAAAAGCCAAACUAAGAGAUUUUUAAAAAGGUGAUAUAGGCGUUUCCUACCGGUUUUGCCCAGCGCAGACAUGCAUGUCAGUCAUUUCGUCGUCGAUAACAUUGUGCAACUCGAUUAAAUUAUGCUUGGAUGUGUCUCCGGCGGAAUUAAUUUUUACUGUAUAACAACAGAGCUUAUACCGUCGAUUGUACAGUAUUUUGGCGCUUGUUGGUGGAUUGUGUAAUUUUUAUCUCUCUUUUCACUGUCUUUGUCCGUUUAAUACAACAAUCUUCAUGAUGUACAUGACCUAUUUUUGUUAUUAUGACAAUUUCUUAAUCUUGGGCAGAUUAAAGAUAUGUCUAAGCCAAUAUCUUUAUUCAGCCUUCGAAGUCAUUAGAGCGUAUAAAUACAUAACAUGUAUUUAAAUAGCCAUCAGCUUUAAUCGUGCGUACUCUUUGUUCGUUUAUAAGAUGUGUUAAAUAAUCGCAAAAACUGACAAAUGUUUUCAAGUCCUGAACAGACUUAAGAAGGAAAUGAUUAGUUCCUAAUUUAUACAUCGCGUGACAGACUGUGUCGAAGUUCAGACUCGUUGGACAAAUUCCUCAUUGGAAUAAUGUUCCCUUGAUGUUGACGAAGAAUCUGCUGUUAAUAGUUAUAAAACAAAAACACAGCCGAUAAGCACCGCGUGGUCACUUAUCUGUUGCAUCCUUCACUCGACAGAACCUCAUCCCAAGGAUAAAAAAACGGGGAAGGAAUCGCCCAAGAUUAUGGGAAAGGAAGCCAGCAAACAUAAACCAACAGAAAAAUCUGUGAGUUCAACGGCUCUGAGGGUCCCAACAGGAGGUAAACAUUUCAUUCACAGCUAGUAUCUUACUUUAUGUUACAUACAAUUAACUGGUAAACGGUUUGUGCGUUUAUACCAAAAAUCAUCUGACACGUAUCGUACACGGGAGUGGUAUGACACCAUCACGUUCGUGUUCGCGGAAUGUUUGCUUCCCUUGUUGAGGUUGAUCGACAGCCAUUGAUCACUGUUUAUACUCUUUAUCUGCAUACGUCAGUUGAAGUUUUCAUGCCUAUAAAAAUGAGAAUGUAAGACGAAUCUAAUUGUAACCACAUAUAUUCUACUCGACAAUAUUUAACUGAGGAAUUUGUCUACAGACUCUAAAGUUUCAUGCACUUUUGACACCACAAACAUCAUAUAGGCUAUUUACGAUUUGGGUGUAACGAUUGUAAAACUGGGACAGGGGAUGUUUUUGUGGCAGUAUCAUGCAUCGUUUUGCGCCAUAACAGUGUCGUUGCUAUCAACAAUAUUUUCUAUCGGUAAUAAGAGCGGGGAUUAGUGGAAAACUCAAGCUUAAUGUUUUUUUAGUUUUAUUAAAACGACGAAAAGUGAUACAUCAUGCGUGUUAUUAUCAUUGAUAGCGUGACAUGAAAAACAUUCGAUAUAAAAAACAAUGAAAUAAAUACUUUUAAAAGCAGUGAAAGAUACUGAGCUAUUCUUUGUUGAUAUUUGUUCAUUUUGAUGGUUUGCAUGUUUCUGAGACAAUGAAUCACAAUGAAGGUAAGACAGUUGAUAUCAAUAGAGAACAGUGUUCUUCGUUCUGACAGCCGCAUAUAUUUCUACGCAAACUUCGUCAUCAAAUUCUUUUCAUGCUUUACAUUGCUAAUAUAAUACAGCGUGAAGGCCGGCAGCGUCAGAACCGAGCCAAGCAUCGUGUAGCACAUCUUGUUGCUCUUUAGAAACUGAAAAAAAGACUUGCGGAAAGCUACCUGUUCCUCAGUCUCAGUCCGGCAGUAUGAUUACCUCUAGUGGUGAGUUACGCUAGAGAGCAGUGAGAUAAAUUAACACUAACUAGAGCUUAAUUGUUCUGAUUUUGUGGUUUUUUAAUGGUGGCCAAUACUGAUAUACAGGUAACGUUCUACAGUACAGGUAACGUUCUACGCAGUACGCGCGUGUUCGCGUGAAUUCAGUGCUCGUCUGUGUGGUUACUGUGAUCAUAAGAAACUGAAAUGUUUGCUUAGAUAAGAGAGUGCUGUUCUUUGCUGUUAGGAUUUUGACGUCAACAAAGCAAUGAAACAAAGUAGCGCCGGAAUACUUCACUUUCCGUUGACGUCUGAUGCUCAGUGAUCAAUGGGUCAUUCAUUUUUUUUACGCAACCAUAGUCUGGGUUCAAGGCCCGUGUCGUGAGUUGUGCCGGUCUAUAUUGGUGUAGUUAGUUUAAUCUGUUAAGGAGUUAACAUGCCCAGUGAAGUAUUUGUUCAUAUCUGAUAGUUUCGUAUCGUGGUGUGCUGUUUCAGACUUGCAUAGUAGGGGACCCCUUCACUAUUGCGUUUCGCUUCCGUGAUUACCGAAUUUUGCUGUAUGAGACUUGUUUACUUCUUAUUACACAAUCAAAUCUCAUUCCCUUAUCCGCGAUCACAAAUCAGUUCUUUUUGUCUCUAAUUUCGAAAAACACUGAAUUCCUUUUUAACUUCCUUGAUUCCAUUUAACCAAAUAACCUUAUGGUUCUAUAGAUUGUUCUUUAAAAAUUUUAAACGUUAAACUAGUGCAUUAAAUAACUAUUGUGCAAAGCCGUCAGAUCCAAAGGGUUGUUUUCAUGUUUUUUGUUUUUCCUUCUCUUAGACGAAAAAGAUUAGCACGUUUCUGCCUUUCACACAGCAGGGGUCGUAUUCUGAAAAAGAGAAUCGUGUAGGAAAAAAAGUUAAAACAUAAAUAAGAGAAAUAUAAAAAGCGAGAGGUCUUUGUUCCACUUCCUAUUACCGUUUAAAAACAGGUAAAAUUCGCCUUUUUAACGGAAGUAAGUAAUAAAGUCAUUGAAAACAAAUUGUAAUUCACUUAUUGUUUUUUUUAAGGUGGUAAGGCGAGGUCCAGGUCCUUUAAUGUUGGAGAUAGACCUAAAUCAGCUGCUAGUCCCACUGGGACACCGUCUACAGGAACUCCCAGGUCGAGCCCCAGUAGUUCUCCGAAGCCUCCAAGACGAAACGCCAUGUCUAAGGAAAUGAACAAGAAGAGACCGAGUGAACUAAGAAAACAAGAAAAUCAUGGCAGGCCUCAUUCAGAUCCAGUUCUCGCUGAAAAGUAGGUUUAAGUACCGCUGCAGCUGUCUAACUAUACUCUGGGAUAGUUUAGAUUAACCUGGCGCUCACCCUAGUUUGGGUUGAAGGGGGACAGAGAGAUUUAGGACUCUGUACGAGCGAUAGACAAGUAGCGUUGAAAGUAGCUUCAAAGUAGCUUUGAUUAGGUCUCCUCCGCUCUCUAAAUUUUGGUAGGUAAUAUUUUGCCCGCCGUUGUCGUCUUUCCCAAGCUGUGUUAACCUGAGAUCAGGCUCUAUUUUCGUUUCACUUUGAAAAUUACAUUCCGGCGGGCAAGGCGAAACAGUAGCCGGUUAGAGAGAAUGUAUGAGAAUCGCUAAAAUUGGGCCUGAUCUCAGGUUAAAGCUGUGCGAGCAACAUCAAACCCCGUGGAAUUGUAACAAUUACUUAGCCAUUCAUUGUUACUGAAAGAUAUAUUGCCUAUUCUCAGUCAUCCUCCAAGGCACCCGGAGCAUACUUUUAGGUCGGGGAAGGGAUUUUUCGGGGCGAAAUCUUUGAAGGUUCCGUCCGAAUCAAGUGCCCUUGGGUCUCUUAGGGUGGUUUCCAGAGUGUUCCAGCACGUUUAAUUGUUGUUCGCUGGGCAAAAGCCAUAGACUUAACGUGAAAUGCCAUAAAUGAAUCUUGCAGGAUGAAUAACAAGAAGAAACCUGUAGGAGUUGCUGCAAAUGACUCAUCUACCUCAGGUAUCAACGAAACCUAUUUUCAAAACUCUUUUAUCACUUGCUGAUCUCCAUACUGAUCGGACCCCUUUCUUUUCUGCUGAGGUGACGAUAAAAUUAACGUCGAGAAAACUUACCGAUGUUAUUGGUUGAGAAAGUUAAGCAAAAUUUUUUAAGAAAUUACAUAAUGUCACAUGAUCACAUCAUCACGUAAGUGAGCACAUCACAUUGCAUGAAUGAAUUAUCAUACAAGUGAUUACAUUAUCGCAUACAUUGAUACAUUCAACACAGAAUUGAUUACAUUAUGUCACACAAGUGAUUACAUUAUCACAUACGUUAUUACAUUCAACACAGAGGUGACAACAUUGUCACACAAGUGACUAUAUUAUGACAUACAUUAAUACAUUCAAUACAGAAGUGAUUACAUUCAACACAGAGGUGAUAACAUUAUGUCACGCAAGUGACCAUAUUAUCACAUAUAUUAAUACAUCCAACACAGAAGUGAUUACAUUAUCACAUAUGUUAUACUACUACAUGAGAAAUUUCUGCAAUUUGAUUGGUUUAGAGCAGUGGUAUUUCAGCUUAAUUUGAAAUACCUACAUGUGAAAAUUACAGACCUUUUGCGGGUAGUAGUAUAAACGAAUAAUAGCAUGAUUUGUACAUGAUAUUUGGCAUAAAUACCACUCAUGAUAUUUCAAAAUUGUCUCAAAUUACGUAUAACAAUUUUGAAAUAUCACUUGUGGUAUUUAUGCCAAAUAUCACUUCAAAUCAUGCUAUUACCUAUACUUAUUAAUUACAUUUAACACAAUAGUGAUUACAUUUUAUCACACAAGUGACUAUACAUCAUCGCAUAAGGGACUGCAUUGUCACGAUAUUUGUAGCAUAACAUCAAUCUACUUGUCAUCGACGUAAUUCAGUGGAGUGUUCAGAACGCUAGCCUUAUCUUUGAGUUGUCUAGGAUAGUGAUCAUUAAUUCAUGAGUUUUCUUUAUUGUUCUGCUAACAGGGAAGUUAAAGAAUGACGUAGAAACAUUAAAGAGCAAAGUUAAAGACCUGGAACAAGAAAACAGUGAAUUGAAAGAGAAAGUACAACCCAUGGAACAGAGACUCGCAGUGGUGUCUCUCUUAGAAAAGGAAAAAAUUCACUUACAAAAACAAUUCAGUGAUAUUACUCUCGAAAACGAUAAAGCGAAGACGGAACUGGAGUCUGUUACUAUAUUGUUGAAGAAGCAGUCCGACGAAAGAAAUGAGCUCCAAGCGAGAUAUGAUCAACUAACGAGAGCCUUCGAAAACAGCCAGGAUGAACUGAAGGAUCUUAAAAAUCAGUUCCAAUCACUGGAGGAGAAAAAAUCCAUCGUGAUGCGAGAAAGCGAUGAGAAAGUGGAAGCUAUCGGAACAUAUCUUGAUAACAUCGAAAAAUUGACGAGUUCAAACACAGCUCUAGUUCUACAGGAGGGUCGAUUGAGGAGUAAGAUUUUAACGCUAAACCAGGGUUUGCAGACGCUCAAAGACUGUGUAGUCGAGUUACGGGAUGAAAACAAAGGCUUGCAAUCGCAAAUUCUCGACAACGGCAGUGAACUUACAGAGACAUUUAGAAAGUGUGUCACUGGCUUGGAAAAAGUGGUUGAUGGCUUGGAAAAAAAGGAAAAAGACAAAAUUGAGAAAGAAACGCAGCUAUCCCUAAGUACAUAUAAGAAAGAAACGCAGUGCGAUGACUCGAAUUCUGUGGAUUUGAUUUUAUCUCAACUGGAAGAAAGCAAGAAGUCGGUUGAGUGUUUGAAGAACAGAAUAAAUGAACUCGAAAAAGAGAACGAAUCAACUGAAAGCAGCGAACGAGAAGAGAGCGAUGGAAACAAGCCCACUGAUUGUGACGGAUGUAGAAGCCUUCAAACGCAAAUUCAGGCAGUUUCAAAUGACUUGGAGUUGGUCAAAAGUUCUUUGCAAAAAUCAGAGCACGAGCGAGAUGACGCUGUGGAAGAAAGAAAUGAGCUGAGACGCGAAGCAAAGUAUCUGAAAUACGUGCUUUCCUAUCGAGAAGAUGUACAAAGUUUACAACAAACGAACCAACAAGCCAAAGAACUGGAAAAGAUGGGUACCAACCUAGUCGAAGCAGAAAAGAAAGUAAUUGAUUUGGAAGAGGAAGUUGGACGACUUCAAGAAGAGAAGCAAACUCUGUUGUUAAGCAUUUUAAACCUUUAUUCUGGUAACGGUGUAGAAGAUGUCAGCGAGGAGAAUGAGGAGGAGGAGGAAGAAGACGGAGCGAGCGAUGACGAUAAUGAAAAUAAACAGCAAGAAAAUGAGGAAAAUGGCGGCGAGGUAUUUGAAAAAGCGUCAUCUGUCAGUCUUAGCCCUCUUAUCUCUGACUCAGCCUCUCGAAGGGAACAACUCAAGUUUCGAUUUCAGUUGUCGUUAUCCGAGUCUGAGUAUAGUUUUACAACCGAAGGUGAAGAAGAAAGCGAUAGUGAAGUAUCGAAUACACUAACUGAAGAUAACUUUGAGGCUAUCAAAACCGAAAACAGACAACUGAAAUCAAGCUUGUUCGCAGCCAACGAAGAGAAAGAAGAGUUGGUAUCGAGUCUGGAUAAGUUAUGCGAAGAUUAUGACUCUCUUAAAGAACGCUUCGAUAAACUUGAUGAAGAUUAUGCUGAGUCGACAGACCGAGCUAGGAAAGACAAAAUCGCAUUCCAAAGCCGGCUUCGCCAAAUUGAGAUGGAUAGAGAAAAUAUGCGUGAUACACUUAGACAGGUUCACGACGAGAAACUUUCGCUUUUAAAAUGUCUCGAAAUGAAAAACUCUGCAGCUCAAACCCAUUCUCCUCUCCCGGAACUGGAUAUGGACAAAAUCAUUGCACGUGCGCAAUCGUUCGCGCAAGAAGAAAACAACUCAAGUGAUCUAGACCUGGAAACAAUUAUCGCGCGUGCGCAAAGUUUUGCUCAGGAAGAAAGUCGAGGCGAAAAUGAACCAAACGAUCUGGAUAUCGAAAAAAUCAUUGCACGUGCGCAGUCAUUUGCGCAGGAGGAAAACAAAUCAAGCGAUCUGGAUGUGGACAAGGUAAUUUCACGUACGCAGUCGCUUACACGAGAGGAAAAUAAAUCAAGCGAACCAACUUCAAAUGAGGAGGAAUCCGAGGGGUUCAUGUCAUCUGAAAGCGAGGAUGACGGAAGUGAACCAGCUGGAAACAAGGAAGUGAUUCAAAAGAGAUCAGACAAUGCUGUAGCCUCUAAGCCCGUCGUCGACAGAGAUCUGGCUGCUUUGGUGGCUUCCAUUGAAAAUGACCUCGGAAUACUGAAGGAAAGGCUUAACACAAGAGAUGACGACUCUGUCGGUAAGUAAAGAAAAAAAUUAUGCCUAUCGAUAGAACAGCGUUGUCUAAAAACUCCGUUUAUCGUCGCGGCCGUUUGUGGACGAUAGAGAGAGAUUAAGAAUCGCGUUUGCGGCAAACGUCAAGGGUGGCCGCUUAAUGGCAAUUAAGUCGCAAUUAUUUGUCAGUAACAUUGUCAGUCGAUCUGGCCUUACCGUAUACGUAUAGAGUACAAAGGUGUGACGUCAUAAAAAUGAAAUUUUUGAAAUCGUGGGAUUUGUCAGGAUAUUCUGAAAGAACAAUGUCCAAGAGGCAUACUAGCUAAAAAUGAGCAUUUCGGGGCAAAUUGUCUCUGAGAUCGUAGCCCAGUUAUGCUUAGAAAACUCCAUACAAACGCUUCUAAAUUUUUUUGGGUCGACCCCACAAAAAAUUAGAAGGGUUUCUGUGGAGUUUUCUGAGUAUAUCCAGCUAACAUCUCAGAUGUCAUUUUUGGUAAGUAGGCCUCUUGGACAUUGUUCUUUCAGAAUAUCCUGACAAAUCCCAUAAUUUCAGAAACUUAAUUUUGUGACGUCAUCAUUUUAGUACUCUAUUAUCCCUUAAAAUUGUUGUUGCAUCAGUAAAGCGGUAAAGAAAUUUUUCGUUCUAUGAAGAAAAUUUUCAGAGACAUUUCCUUUCCGUAGGUAACCAUCGGGAUAAACACUCGACUCUCUCUUAACCGGCCCCUCUAUAUAGUGUUGGUCCCUGCCACUCUUUAGUACUCCCUUUAUUUGACUCUCUAUAAGACGGACAUCUCUCUAAGAAGGACACUUAGUGUUGGUCCCAAAGCUGUCCGUCCUAGAGUGGACUGUAUCCGUGCGAGUUGUUUUUUGCGAGUAUGGCCUUGAUUGUAGUCAACGGUGGACGUUGUCCUGUUGUUGCCCCUUUCUCUCUCUCUGUCACGCAUCGCUGUGGUAGCCGUAAUUUAGUGUUUGCUAUCUCUCCUUUGUAAUAACUGAAGGUAAUACAGUCCAACAUUUUGAUUAAGUAAAGACUGUAAACUAGUCUGUCUACAAUCCUGGACAAAAGUCCUUUGGGCAGUACUGCAAUAUUCAUAUUGGUCUGUCAUUUCUCGGGUUCCUCUUAAAACCGUGCAUCCUUUUCGAAAUUCUCUUGCAGUUCUCCCUCCACCCACCCUAUACAAAGUUGAAACUCGGAAAAAUUCUGGAUACAAGCGUCCAACAUUGUUUGUGGAAUGAGGGGAGAGGUUGGACCUGUGUGAAUUGGAAAACGCCCCAGAAACGUAAAAGUGUCCCAUGAAUUUUGUCCGUGAUUGUAGAUAAUUGUCUAGAUACCUAGCUAGGCCAUGAGCAACGUUGUUAUCAGGUACGGUCUUUUCGUUUACCUAAGAAAAUAGCCCUUGGGAAUAGCAUUUUGUCUUAAUCAUUACAAAGGUGUCAAAAUAAGCGAAAGUGUUAAACAGACAAGCCCCUUUAGGACGGACACGUUUGGGACCAGCACUAAUGCAAGGUCCAUCUAAUAGAGAGUCAAAAAAGGUAGUAAAGAGAGUCAGGGACCAAUUGAAUGUGUCCGUUAAGAGAGAGUCCACUGUAGUGCUAUGGAAAAAUUUCUACCUCUUCUCUACUUCUUGGCGUUUUUUCCCUUCCAUCUUUUUUCAAUCCUUGCUCUCAAACCUAAGGUUUAGUGAAGAAAGGAAUUGAUUUUUUUUUUAUCGUAGGCGAAGAACAAGAGGCCAGGCCCAGAAAGCCUCAUCCUGGUGCCCGCAUUCUUAAACGCCAGGCGUCAACUGUGAAGUCUAACCUAGAUCGAGUAUGUCGAGAGAAACAACACCUGCAAGAAGAGGUCGAGUCUCUGCGACGAUAUCUUCUAAAACGAAGGGAUUCUGCUAUGGAUCUACGAAAGAAACGGUCCCGCGGUAGCUUAAAAAGAGACGCCUCGGAAUUAGAGAAUCACUUGGAAGGAAUCAAAACCUUGCAGGCUUUGCUCGGAAAAUCGGACGAACAGCUGCGACAGUCUAACGACAUAAUUUCGCGUCUGGAAGCGGUUAAUGACGAAACUGAGGAAAAACUUCGAGAAGCUGAAGUGCUUAGAGAAGACAUGCGGCGAGCCGUUCACAUAGCAAAUAACUUUGCCAUGGAGGAACAACAGAAGUCAGAACGUAUUUUGCUGCAGAAUCAGGAGCUUCUCAGACAAAUUGAAGGUCUAAAACAUUCGGGUGCUGUAUCAGAUGAAAAGGACAAGGGUGAUUUUUCAAAUAAAAAGAUAAUACCAAAAGGUAAAUCCCUAUUUGCACUGAAAGGAAGUCGAUCUUAUAAUCGGUAUGUCAGUGAGGAUGAUUACGAGGAUGAUGAGAGCAAUUUUACGACAGAAGGUGAAUCAGACUUUCAUUCCUCUCGACAUUCCAGCUUCGCUAGCGAAUCAGAGUUUCUGAAGAGUCCUCAUGAGCCCUCAGAUGACAAUACAGAGACAUCACGUGACUUGAAUUUAAACUUAGAAUCACCGAGUGGUGAAGUAGAAUCCGUCAAGAGCCAGGAAACCGAGCCUGAUAGUCGCGUGAGUCAACACAGCUCUGCAUUGGAAUCUUCUGAUUCUGAGGACGAUACAGAAUGAACGAUCAAGUGAAAGGUUUAAUAUUUAUUCAGCUUGAAGAUCUGCCUUGUGUUAGUGUUAAAGAAUUAUCAAACCAGGCAUCACUGACGAAAAAUAUAGCGAAUUAUUAUUAGGUGCUUGAUCGAGUACCAAGAAUAAUCAAACGCUAGGAGAUGACCUGGCUUACGACAAGAAAAAAAGGAUAGAAAAUCUGAGGGUCUUAAACCGCGUACUUUCACUUUACGUUUCCUAAUUCCUUACUGUACGACUUGAAACCAAGAUCUGUAAGGUUUAUACUUGUCUAGCACUCACACAUAUAUCUAAUGAUUUAAAUUAUUUUCCCGCCCCCUUUUGUGAACACAGAAUGCAAGGGGCGUUAAUUAACAUAUCGUAAUACAUAGUUGUUUCCUUUCCGCUCUUUUGUGCGCGCAAAUGUAGUAACGGUAUGUGGACACUGCGCUCAACCUUCAGGGGUUGGGGGCAGGGUAGCAUCUGUGGCCGGCGUUUUUGCUGCUUGCCCGCUUUUUUCCCUCGUCUGCACUGACCGAACGCCUGAGACAGGCUAGCGUUUGAAGAGGACGUGAAAGAGGAAAAAAAACGCGCGCGUGAGCAGGAUGGGCACGCACGCCCUCAUCCCCCCUUUCCCUAUUCCUUGGGCACGAAGACUACCCCGAUGGGAGGAGAAAGCACUUAGAAACAUUGAGGUCUGUAGGACUGAUUUAGUGGAUUUACGCAUUUGUAUUUAGGCAAAGCCAAUCGAACCGUUCUUUGUGCACUGUUCAGCUGAUCUUAGUUUCGUGAAAUGAAGUGAAAUACCAUAUACCACACACAACAUUAUAAGAAGGCCUCUGUUCCUUUAGUUUGACUAUCCUCUUUGUUUAUUGAAUCGGCCUACAUAUUAGACAUUGCCAUUGCAGGCUUAUCUGUUUCGUUGCCAAAAAGUGAAUCGCAUUGACGCUUGCAUUAUUUCCUUCCGGAUUACUGACCAGCAAAAGAGUCGAAGAAAAAAAAAAAGAAUCGAAGAAAAAGAUGGAACGUUGUUGUUUUUACUCUAACACGGCCUAAACGCUCUACCACUGACACAAUAGAUACAAUUAUAUUUUCUUGUAAGUAGGUAAAAAAAAUUGUUCGAAUUGGUGUAAAUAGUAUUACUUUAGCUGACG